AUGACUGACAGUGAUGAGAGGAACAUGUCUGAUGUGUUUGAUCAACAGGACGAGUCUCCUGUGAUUCUGGAUCCAAACACGGCUCAUCGAUGUCUCCUUCUGUCUGAUGAUCUGACCAGUAUUUCCAAACCUGAAGAACAAAAUCUACAUGCUAUGGUCCGUGAGACUCAACGUAAUAAAAACGAUUAUAAAGGAAAUCAAGCCAUCAGCAAUGACUACAGUGAAACGGGAUAUGAUCGUGGACACCUGAACCCCAACAGCUUCCAGUGUGGUGAAGGCCGUAUAGCAACAUUCACGCUGACCAAUGCAGCACCUAUGGAUGCGUGCUUCAACCGUAACCAAUGGGCAAAGUGGGAGAAAACUUUGAGGACUUUUUUAAGAGACAAGCUUUCAAGUGACAAUGGUUCUGCUACAGCCUACAUUGUCACAGGUACAGUACCCCCCGAUGAGAAUCUACGGAUACCACAAAGUGAAAUCUCUGAAGAGCCUGAAAGGGUGACGGUGCCGUCUCACAUCUGGACGGCCGUCUGCUAUAAGCACCACUCUGAAGACAGAAAGUCUUUCUCCCUCGGCUAUAUGGGGGAAAACAUAAACCUGAUGAGCGUCUCAGGCAUGCAAAACACGUAUCUCGCAUUGAGAAAGGCUGCCGACAGUAACAUCAUACCUGAAAAGAAAUUCAAGGUGAGUGAGAUGACAAUAAAAUUAGCCUUUGACAGCAUGAGCACUUACUACAAUGUAGUAAAGGAUAUGAAGGUUUCUGCUGGAAGCGCUUGUCUUAUAACUCUCGUGAAACCACUAGUAAGGAGUGAUCUCAGAAAGAGGGACAUAUCAGGGGUGUCGGAUGCUGUUGAAUGCCUGCUGGUCCCAGAGAAGCAGAAGACUGCAGCUGAUGGAUCGCCCUGCUUGAAAUUCUCUGAUUCUACAUACAGCUGUGAAUGUGAAACAAAUGGUGAAAUCAAGUCCUGCUGCUCCACUCCCUGCCUGUACCAGGACAAUCUCAAUUCCUACAGGUGUUACUCAGGCCAGACGCAAAUCAAGUGCUCAGCCCGGUACUCACUCGUCACUUUUAAAGGAGAGAAGUGCUUGGAUGAUCACCCAUGUGCAACAUACGGCAACGACUACUACUGGUGUAACACCAUCUCUGGCAGCUGGGACUUCUGCAGCCCUCCGCUGUGGAGAAGUAUAGCUAAAAACGGGAAGUACUGCCGCAGUGACCAUGCCUGUGCCAAAUAUGGAUCAGGGAAAAUGUGGUGCUUCACGGAUGAUGAAGGCAAUUAUGAAGACUGCUGUACUUCUGAUGACUGCCACUCAGCUGUGAAUGGCCAAACCUGCAGGUCUGAUCACAAGUGUGGCUACCAUGGGAGUGAUUACCUGUGGUGCUACACGGACUAUGAAGACAACUGGGAUUACUGUUGCAGAUCAUGUUGA